AUGGAGGAGCUGAAAAAUGUAGUGGCCUUGGUGAAGGAUCACCCAGAUGGGAUUCCACUUAGCAAGUUGGCUGUUUUCUACAACCAGACAUACCAUCAGAAUCUGACUUUAUCUGAUCUGGGUUUCACCUCUAUGGCUGAACUCGUAGCUUCUCUGAAAAGGGAUCUGAUUGUGGAAAAGAAAGUGGUGUUUCACAAAUCCCACUUUUACAAAAUGAAGCGGGCUGAGUUUAAAUGUGUGGAGAACAAGAAACCUGAGGAUGCCCUGGCAAAUGUAGUGUCGAUGGUGAAGCAGCAUCCAGCUGGUAUCCCCAUUAAAAGACUAACGACAUCUUACAGUCAGACUUACCACAACAACCUGACCCUGUCUUUGCUGGGCUUUGACUCCAUCACUAGCCUGGUUGCCUCUCUGGAUAGCGAUCUGGUUGUGAGAGAAGAAGUGGUGUUCCACAGGAGUCACCAGCCUCAGAAUCCACCUGGAGGUCUGAAGACAGCCACAUCGAAAGACGGCAGCAGGUCGUCCACUCCAGACAGACAUCAAUCACGUGUGGCUGAGUUGACCUUUACGUCUACUGUUAAAAUGCCAAGGGUCAGCCUCCCUCCCCUCACUCAGGCAGGAAGCAAACAUCUGAGUGCACCAGGCGCUAGACCUGAGCCAGCUGACCAACUGCAGCUUCACCAGAGGAUUUCAGAGGUGAAGGAGAAGUACCAUCUGAAUAAUCCAUCUCUGGAGCAGCUACAGUUGUUUUACUUCCGGCAUUUUGGCGAGGCAAUUUCUCUUGCUGAGUGCAAGUCUUUGCAGGACAGCAUGGAAGCAUGUGGUCCGAAGAAUGUGCCCGCUCAAGCUAAACCAGGAGCAGCUAACGGCACCGAUGUGUCGCUAACACCUGCAGCAGCACAUAAUCUCACAAGAGAGCCGCAACCGGUUUUGACACCCAAGAUGCUCUCCGAGUCAGAGUUUCCAGAGCUGGGGACAAGUAAAAACGUAACCAGAAAGCAGAAGAAAGAAGAGAGAGACACAACGCAGAGAGGAGACACAGGCCCCGUCUCCAGAGAUGCUUAUCAUGCCCAGCUGAGAAGAGUCCAUGGAGAUAAUAUGCGGGCAGUUGAAGCCACGGAGAGACUUCCCCGGAGGGGGAGGAACGGUGUCAUGGAUGCGGGUGCCGUCAACAGUCUCAUGGAGGACGUGAGACGACAAAUCGCUGCAGAGGGAGAUCUGGUUACUGAGGAGCAGAUGAUAUACAGGACGUGUAAGCUGAUGCAGGUUUCCUCUUUGGAAGCUCUAGGGCUCGAUCGAAAGGAAAUUCCAGCUGUGAAAGACCUGAAGUACAUCAGGAAAGAGAUCACCAUGUUCAUCAAGUCCACUAAAGCCGUGUCAUGCAUGUGUACUCUGUAUGAGCUUAGCCAAUCGCUGGCCGGCUUGAAGGACAAGAGGAGCUUUGAAGAGCUGCACCUGGGGCCGCUCUGCAAAAUCCCCGAUAUCUACCACAUGUUCCGGAUAGACAGUACAACAAAGGAUGAUGAUCUACACCAGAUCGAAACUGUUGACAUUUUAAAGCAUCUCCGUAUGUUUAAGAGGAAAGAGAAGAAGGAGAAAGUGGACCUGGUUGAGUUUUUGCAGCAUUUGACUGAUCAUUACAACUGUGAAUAUCCGUAUGAGCUGGGCAUCUGGAUGAGUGGCAUUGGGCUUCCCUUAGCGACCUUGAGGAAGGUGUUCUUUCGCGAGCAAGAGUUAAUGGCACAAGCUCAGGAUAUCAUCCUGAGAGAACUGGAGGAGGAGACACAAGAUCAGCUGAGAAAAGUCAAGAGGAAAGUGUUGGAGUCGCUUCAAGGACCUGGUUCCUUCUCCUCACAGGGAAAUUGUGACCUCAGGAAACAGUAUGCGCAGAUGACCGCAGCGGAGGUCGUGAUGCAAGUGUUCACGAAUGCAGAAGGAUUGUUCACACUCAGAAUGAAAAAGCAAGUCCAGCAAUUUCUGAUGUGUGUGUCAAGCGACCGGCUAGCACGGGUUCUCUUCCAGCUCGCCAUCUGUGGUGGCUCCCUGGCUGUCCCACACGACCUGGUGCCCAAAGACAAGUCACACAGAACCAACGAACAAGCGAAGACAGAGGACAAAGUGUCCACAUCCCUCCCUAGUGCAGCCACCUUGAAGGAGUUCCUUAAAACCAGCCUGUUGUCUUAUAACUCAGCCGUCACUCUGGGCCACAUUUCCACCCUGGAGAAGAAGCUGAGCAGACACUUCCGAGUCAAAGAUUUCCCGUGUUUACAGCAAGGCAGCUUCUUGGAGUUUCUGGUUCAACAUAUUCAGCUGCUUCAGGACACACUGGGCUCCACGUUGUUUGUGGGCAGCGGCGGCAUGGAUCCCACGGGCAGUGGAUUCCGUCCCACCAAACAAGACGUGUUUGAGUUCAUCAAGCAGUGCGGCAACAUCACCUCUACUGACCCCGAUGAAAUUUACCUCAUUGAGUCAGCACUGAGGUCCCACUACAGAGUACCCGACUGCCGCGACCUGGGCUUUGGCUCACUGCAAACCCUGGUCGGCCUGGUCCAGCGCCAGAGCCAGCUGACUGGAGGAGGACAGAGCCAGGUCUUCUACGAGUCUGCCCUUUUUGCCAAACACGGCAAACUGAGUGCUGAAGGUGGGUCUGAGGCAGUGGGGCUUCUGGGCGAGAUGACCACAGCCAAAGCCCUGAACAGCUUGCUUUCCUGCCCCCUGCUGGAGGAUUUAAGCGAGUGGAGCCAAUGGGAGCUGAUCUUUAAACCCCUGCAUGGCUCGCUCAAAGAUUUCAUUGAAAGAAAUGCAGCUAACACAGGCCUGGCAGCACUGGAGGUUAAACCAGGUUCCCUGCUCAGAAUCACCACACACACAGGAGACAAGCAGUUCUCUAGCGCCACCAUGAACCUGGACCCCGUCGGCACAGCUGGACAUCUGGUGUCCAUGGCGGUAGCUGACGGCAUCGACAGUGUGCCCGCAGCCCUCCUGGCCAACUACAUGCAGAGCUCACUUGAAUUAGCCGUGGCUAAAGAAGAAUUUCCUCAGGCUGAAGACGAGACGUCGUGUUACAGCCGAGUGGCCAACUUUGUCUUGGUGUGUUUGACGCGAAUCCCCAUCAGAAUCUGCCAGACUUUCCUGCAGCAGGUCUUCUUGGUGCCUUUCGCACGCGCCUUGGGCCAGACCAAGUCUAAACAGGUCCUAGUCACGGUGGCCCGGUCUGACACGAGCCACAUGAACUGCCUGCAUCGCCUCGGCAUCGUCGUAGGCAUCACAGAGUGGGAGAAAGACUUCCGGGAAAAAUUGAACCCACCACCGGCAGCACCUGUGGAACAGAUCAAGUUCAACUUGUACAAUUCUGCGAGCAGCAGGGUCUCGGCUCUGAAUAGCAGCGAGGAUGAGAAUCUUGAGGAAAACAUCAUGGACAGCAGCUUUGCUUCCUCCCUGCUCAACGAGACUCAACACCAAGUUAAUGGCAAGGAAGAUGUGGAGGUUGAGGAGGAAGAGGAUGAGGAGGAGCUGUUUGAGUUCGCUCCACUUCCUAACGGGGAUUCAUCGCACAUCACCUCUGAGGCAGAAGAAGGAGAAGAGGAGGAGGAGCUGUCAGAAAUGUCUGAUUCUGACGAAAAGGACAGUGUUACCAGCUGCCAGUCAGAGACCACAUCCACUCCCCAAAGAGCCAUCAUCGAGGACAUCAGGAAAAGUGAGUUUGGUAUCGGUGAAAAAAUGACCGCGAAAAGCCACAUGCUCAUGCAGAAGAAUCAGGAGCGACUGGGCCGCAGCUUGGAACGCCUCUCCACCGAACUGUACAGCAAAGACACACACUUUGUCCUGGAGCUCAUUCAGAAUGCGGAUGACAACAGUUACCCAUUGGAUGCUGGUGUCGGUCCAUCGCUGGCCUUCAUUGUGGAGAAAGACUGCAUCACUGUCCUCAACAAUGAGAUCGGCUUCCAGGAGAAUCACAUCAGAGCCAUUUGUGACGUGGGUCGCAGCACGAAGGGCAAACACAAAUACGGAUACAUCGGACAAAAGGGAAUCGGCUUCAAGUCGGUGUUUAAGGUCACCGACUGCCCCGAGAUUCACUCCAACGGCUUCCACUUGCGCUUCGACAGGAUGCGCGACCACGCAUUGGGAUACAUCCUCCCCCACUGGACUGAAGAUGAAAGGCCUUUGGACGCACAGAUGGAGAACAUCAGUCAGAACAGCUGGACAACUAAGAUCUGCCUUCCACUGCGCACUGAGAGCCAUCAGACCAAGAACCUGUUUCAUGAUGUGCACCCCUCCCUGCUGCUCUUUCUCCACCGCCUGCGCUCCAUCACCAUCUGCAAUCAGAGCGAGAAACGCCUUGUGACCAUGACACGAAAAGAUCUGAGUCAUGACGUGGUUGAGGUGGAGCACACGGAGGGCGUGGAGCAGUGGCUGGUGGUCAAGACUACACUGCAGCCCAAACAUCUCAAAGAGGACGUCCUGUCGACCGAGCUCGCUCUGGCUUUCCAACUCUGCAGCGACGACACAGAGACAAACAUGGUAGCUCAGCCACAGAAGCAGCCGGUGUAUGCCUACCUGCCCCUCCGCAGCUUUGGCUUCCGUUUCAUCAUCCAAGGUGACUUUGACAUCCCGUCGUCGCGUGAAGACGUGGACAGAGACAGCUCCUGGAACCAGUGGCUUCGUACCGAGAUCCCUCAACUUUUCCUUCAGGCCAUGGACGUCUUCACUACUCAUCCGAAGUUCAGUGGCCUGAAGGGUCUCUGCCACUUCCUGCAGUUUGUGCCGCUGCCUGACGAGGUGCUGGACUUCUUCAAUUCUGUGGCUGGUCAAAUAAUCAAACUGCUCAAGGGCAAAGCUUUCCUGCCCACACUCGGCUCAGACAAUGACAUCGUGUACAAGCUGCCGUCUCAAAUCGCUGUCUGUCAGGACCCCGUGAUCCGCGACGUGAUUGGCCGAGACGAGCUGGAAAGACACCUGUCCCUGUCCUACCUGCACCCAGCCCUGAGUCCCGCACCUCCCGCCUCCCUGCUCUCUCACCUGGGCGUCCGAUACCUGCGGGGAUCGGAUGUCACCACGGUGACCACGGCUAUGGCCAAGGAGCUGGUGAAGGUUGAGGGCAUCCAUUCAGACGGCGGCCUACGACAGCUCGCCAGGCUGCUGGUGUGCAACUUCCGAGCUCUGGAGUAUGGUUACGAAGAGGCGGAGGCCAUCCUGCAGCGCCUCAAGGAUCUACCCAUAAUCCCCCUGGCUGAUGGACGCGUUGUGGCACUGAGUGCGGAGGAAGCUUUCUUUCCUAUGGAAGAAACCACGAACAAGAAGAAGAAAUCAGCUCAGACAGGACCUCUGGCUGCUCUGUACAAGGACGUGAGCUUUGUCCAUCCUUCUCUGCUGAGCUGUGUCGAGCCUCUGGAGAGUCAGCAGGUUCGAGAGCUGCUCAGACGACUCGGCGUUCACGAGCUGGAGCCGCAGGAGCUGCUGGAGCAGCACAUCUACCCCUCGAUCAGGACCAACAAGUGGAAGUCCAAGUCUGAGGCAGUGGUGGUCAGCUACUUGGUUUUCAUCAAGCAGCAUUCCUCCUCCAGCCAGGAGUUCGCAGACAUCGCAGUGCCUGUCCUCACCAACAGGGGGCUACAGUGCCCGGGAGUGGACAGGGUGCACUUCUCCGAGGAGUACGGCAACAUCAACCUGCCCGACAAACUGCCAGGCUACGACUGGACCUUGCUGAGUCCCAGUUAUGUGCAGACAGACUGGGAUGUCGCAGGAUGGAGGGGGCUGUUCACUCAGCUGGGUGUAAGGGAAGGCUUCAUCAUACGCAAAGAGAGACAAACCCUCACCGCUAAAGAACUGAUGUCCAGCCCCUGGUCAGCUGAAAGUGAAACGUGGAACUUGAAGCCCAGUGAGGGCUGCAUGCUCGACGACUACCCCUGCGAGGAGUUCCGUGCCCUGGCUACAGCUGAGUUGGACCCCACCCUCCUCCUGCAGCAGAGAACGGAUCUGCUGAGGCUGCUGGCCACCAACUGGAACUCUGGACACCACUACUCGCAGUACCUCACCGCCCAGGUGAUUGACAGCGAUGGACGUCCAAUCAAAAGCACUAACUCCUCCUUCUUCCACUUCCUGUGUCGUCUCGCGUGGGUGCCGGCCCAUCGUCAGCUGGAGGGAGAUCAGUGUGAGAGGAAGUUCCUCAGUCCCAACUCGGUUUUCUUGACCUCACCCGAGGUCAACGGCCUGCUCGGGAAUCACGUCCAUUACGUGGACAUAGACGCCAGCGAGUUCACCAGAGAUCUAGGAAUGAGACACUGUGUCUCGGUGGACUCUCUGAUUGACUACCUGAAGCAGUGGUGUGUCAAAGCAGAGGCUGGAGACCAGGAGCAGAGACAACAGCAACAGCCCGAGGACGAGUCAGCCGGCGCCAAUUUCACCACCACGGUCCAACACAUCCACAACGUGUACACGUAUCUGAGUACGAACUGUCCCCCGAACAGACUCAAGGAGCUGUUCCAACUCAUCCCGGCUGUCUUCAUUGAGUACAACAGGCGAGCUGAAGGCUGGUGUUCCGGUCGCUUCUACCACCUGAAGGAGGUUUGCUGGAGCGACACGACAACGAUGUUCCACCGCUACAAACAGCUGACCCGUGAGCCCGGCAGCCCCGUUCAAGAGCCCAAACUCCUGGCUCCUUUCUACAGGCAGUUGGACGGCAUGAGCGACUUCUUUAAACUGCUGAAAGUGGAUCGCAACCCCAACAUGAAUCAGUACGUGGGUUUGUUGGAGCUGAUCUGUUCCUCAUCUCCCAUACCAACCUCUGAAACACUGCAGGACGUGUCCGUGCUCUAUGCAACUCUUGCUCACAAGUGUAAAGUUUUGGUGUCUGCAGAGCAGGACAGCUCCUCUAACUACAGCCUCAACACUGGCUACUGCUCCACUUUGAAAGGUAUGGUGUCUGAUAAGAGGGUCUUCCCGACCAAAGACAACUGCUGGGUGAGCCUGGCACAUAAACCCAUGAUCGCUGACAGCAAAGAGCUGGAGAAGGUCUUUAAACCUCACAAGCAGGUCUGUCUGUUGAACCUGCCGCCAGCAGAGAAGAAGGCUGGACUCGGGAGCAAGACGGGGAACUCCGGUCAUCCAGUCCCAGCAGAGCGAGCUAAUGUCCCUAACUUCAAUGAGACGGACCGAUCUCUCUUCAUGGAGAUCUGCGGUAUCCAUUCGCUGUCGCAGUGUGUCAAGACUGAACCCCAGACUGAGAACUGGAGACCCUGUCCAGCCAUGCAGGCCCUGGUGCGCUCUAUCAUCCCUUACAUCCAGCAGUUCCUCUACCACCAUGAAGAUCUGGCUGACAUCUACUCAGACCUGGUUGCCAACAACAUAGGAGAGAAAAUCAAGUGUCUUCAAUUUGGACAGGUGGGUAAGUUGUACAUUCGCUACGAGCUGAACGUGGCUGACAGUGACAUGGCUUUGGAGAUGCAGAACGUCAUCUGUGUGCUGAAAGACGAGAAGGAGCUCUACAUCCAGAAGGAUCAUCUGGAUGCCAGGCUGGAAAUCUGCAGGGAGCUGGUGAAACUCUUCUGCGCAGAGAGAGGCCACAGGAAAGAGCUGAUGCAUUUCCUCGGCGACCUGAUAACUUCACUCAAUGAUGCUAAAGCUCUGAAGAGACUGCUGCAAAAGGAGGACAUCAGAGAUCUGCCCAGUGACGAGGAGCAGUGGGAGGUGCCAAAGCCACUCACACCUGAGGUUCCCCUGGAGAGAGUGCCAUCGCGGAUCCUCCCCUCCGGCAGCUCCCCAGAGGAGCCAGUUGGCCCGGCCCAUCAGGACGGGGAUGCGCUGGUUUGCUGGCCACCUCGGUCGUCCACGCCCAACCCUGGAGGCUUUCGUGCAGUGCCAACAGGUAAGGCAGAAGGAGGUGCAGUGGACGCCGUCUUGAAGAAGUGGCCGCCUCCCCCUGGGCCUAAAGAUAAAGAGGCGGCGCCCAGAGAAGGCGGCCAUGUUGUCCCACAGAGUCCCAGCGGCUGCGAGGGCAAGCAGCUGCUCAGGAGCAUCAGCAGCAUCAGCAUCAGCAGCAGCAGCAGCAGCAGCAGCAGCAGACCACCAGACCAGCCCAACCUUCAGAGAAGCCCCAGCCAACCGGGGCAGCCUCACCCUGCUGCGUCCGGCACCAACACCACACCACAACCAGUGACAGAGCACAGUCAGCAGACCAAGACCAGCGAGUCUGUCAGAGCUGAGAAGACGGAGGGAAACCUCACAGCUCCAGAACCAGAACAGAGUCCUCCAUCUGCACCACCUGCUGAGACCAUCAACAACCAUGCUGCUCCACACAGCCUCUUCGUCCCUGAGGCCGUGUUGCGUCCCGGUGCUUUCCAAGGAACUGCUGACAGUCACCGUCCUCCCCUGAACCUGGACGUCCCGCUCUGGAUCAGAGACCAGCCUCAACAGGCCAAGCUGGAGGACAUGACGCUCACCUGCCAGAGACCCAGCACCGUGGUGAUGUCGGAGGAGCAGCUGGACAUGGUGGCGAUCGGUGAGUGGGGCGAGCAGCUGGUCAACUCCUUCCUGUGCCACUGGAGGGACAGCGGCGAGGUGGGACGCCCCACCCAUGUGAUGUGGUGCAACCGGGCCGGCGAGAGCGGCCUGCCCUACGACUUCAAGCUCACGUUCGGCGGCUCGGUGGAGGUGUUUGUGGAGGUGAAGUCGACCGUGAAGACGGAGAGGGCGUUCAUCCACCUCUCCGCCAACGAGCUGGACUUUGCGCUGAGGGAGAAGGAACGAUAUCACGUGUACAGAGUGUACAACGCGGGAGACGCCGCCAACGUGCGCCUGUGUCGCAUUAAGAACCUGGCGCAACAUCUGUACACCAAAGAACUCACACUUUACCUGUUUGUCUGAGAUAUUUGCACUGAAGCUUGUGUUCUUGCAGCUGCUUUUAUAAGUUCUUUACUGGAUUGACUUUUAAGCCGCGUCUCCACGGAGUGGUACGGUUCCGUUUGGUACAGUACGUAGUUUUUGACAUUUCCAUUAGGAAGAGUACCAAAAUAACUAUCCCCAACCGUUCCGUUAUUUAGUGCUAUUCCAUUGGGGUACCAGAGCACAACAAUGCCCUCCAUCACUAUGUGGCCAUCAGUCACCACUUACCAAGUAAAGUUACUAUUCCGUAAACCUCAUCCAGGUCUUAACCAUUCCAAACAGAACCGUACCACGAUGGAAACACAGCUUAGAUUCCUUUUCUUGUGCUUGUGAUGCUACUGUACUGUUCUGUGAGACAAAGGCAGCAAAACUACUCACAGAUGUGUGUUUUCUAGUUGUGGUAGAUGCACUAUUUUGAAGUUUUCAUUAGAUAAAGCGACUGUUUUUAAUCUUUUUAUUGCCCCUACCUCACGAUUACUCUCAGCAUUCCUUUAAAAAUAAAAAUAUAUUGUUGUUGA